AUGUGUGUGAGCAUAAAUACACUCAAGCGGUGUGCCUACGACGGCAUUAUGCAACUCCGAAUAAUCCACCGCGGUAGCGAAUUGCUCACUCUAUCAGCCGAAGUUGAUACUUCCGUGCUGCAAGUGAAGGCUGCCAUUGCCAAGGCGCUUCGAAUCCCACCGAAUGAUCAAACACUCACGUUCAAAGGUGUAUACCUCGAGGACUCAAGAAGCCUCAACGACUAUGAGAUUGCGAAAUCGGGUGCAUUGGAGCUACAUCUACCUUUGAAGCUUCAAAAAAUUAUCCCCGUACGAGUGGCUAUUUCUCCGGAGGAGGUCUACUCCAUUCCAAUCCGUUCCAAUGCAACAGUGGCGGAACUGCGUGCUGAGAUUGCCACACGAGUGGGUCGUCAAAACCGCAACGUCACAAAUGCAUUUCUUGUCUACUCGCAUUGGAUCUUGGAAGAUUUGCGACGGUUAAAUGAGUACGAGAUCGGAGACAACGCCUGUAUUACGGUAGCACGUGUACUGGAGCCCGAGAAACAGCCCUCCAAUGAACCAUACGACUACUGCGAUGACUUUGCAACGGAGAGAUUGCCAGCACCCUGUCGACGCAUGAUCAGCGUCCAUUUCUUGAAGGAGGACGGAGAUCCCUUCACUCUCAUCUUAGAUCCAUCCAAACCGCUUAAGACCAUCUCCAAGAGUGUGGAGGAAAAGACAGGCAUUCCUGAAGAAAAUCAGACUUUCAUCAUAUCGGGUAGAUAUGUGGACAAAGAAAAGACGCUUGAUAGCUUGAAUAUCGUAGAAGGAGACAGUGUCUACCUGAGUGAUAACCAAGUCCGAACGAUCUAUCCAACCACAAAAAAGGGUCCUAUGAACCGAAAUGGGAUGGUAAUCUACUUCGAGGUGGGUAAAGAACGUUUCUCCAUGUUAAUUCCAGAUGAUUGGACUGUGAAAGAUGUUCAACAGAAAAUGCAAAAUCAUCCCUCGGUAAAAGGGGGAAAGAUUGAUCUUUACUACAAAAAUGUUCGUUUGGAAUCUCGACGGACCUUGACUGAAUGUGGCGUCUCCAAUGGGGGUGUGAUCAAAGUGAAAAUUCACUACCUUUAA